AUGUCACUGGCUGAUAUUUUUGCAUUUGCCCACGCAACAGGGCAUGUCUUUUCCACUAGUGAACGGGUUGCACUCGCAACAUCACUUCCACUACUCACAGUGAAGUGCAAGCGGCGCAACAUGAUUCUGUGGGGGAAAGUUUACGGGUUUAAAAGCGAUUAUAUUAUCCUUCAGGCGUUUGAUGACGACCUUGUCGCACAGCCCGUCAUUUACUACUCCACGGACGGUGGCUACUCCUUUGUGUACCUCGGCACCACAGACUCGCUAUUCCCUAAGAGUAUGGACAUGACACAAACAGCAAAGCAUAAGCAAGCCCUCAUGUACAAGCUGCGAGGCCCCUUCAUGGGUGAUCCAUCAUAUGAAUAUCGUGUGGUCGAUGAGUUAACGGGAAGCACGGCGAGUUACAAGGAGUCACUACGGCUCGUGCUAUUUGUUGAGGCACACGAUUACCACUGCCGCGUAGCCCCGCGUGGUGCUUACUACCGAGAACAGCGAAAUACCGAACUCCCAUCAGAGAUUAAACGAAACAUUGCCUUUGCAGGGCUCAAGCGCACUUUUGAGGAGGCACUUUCGUUGCGCAAUUACUACCACCUGCGGUCGGAGGAUCCCUACCUUCAGUUACUCGCGCGGAAUCAGGGAACGCAAACGCACGAGAAGUCUGGACUAGAGCGGUUAGGGGAAGACCAGGACAUUGAUGCCAUCUUCUUUCCAAUCAGUGAUGAUCUACCUGGUGGUGUGUGGAGAUUGCGGUACGACCCCGUUCGCAAUGUCGUCUUGGGGAUGAGCGCAAAAUUCAUUGGGUCUGUCUUCUAUCACGUACCGGAAACGAACAAACACGGUACGGUCUACAUGGGGGACGGGAAUAUAAACCAUGACAUUGCCUUUGAACUGUAG